AGGUCCCCAAUGUGCCAGACCUGUGAGCACAGCAGCUGGUAAAGACAAAAAGACCAACAACUUGAAAAAAUGGUUGAGUGGACUGAUUUCGAGCGUACCACCAUUCAGGAGAUUUUCUCCAAAAUUGACGCUGGCGUUGUGGGGCCUGCUGCUUUUUCCAGGUGUCUGAUUGUCUACCCCUGGACUCAGAGGUACUUUGGCAGCUUUGGAAACCUCUACAAUGCUGCUGCUAUAACAUCAAACCCCAAAGUGGCAGCUCACGGAAAGGUUGUCAUUGGAGGUCUGGAGAAAGCCUUGAAGAACAUGGACGACAUCAAGACCACAUACAAAGACCUGAGCGUGCUCCACUCUGAUAAACUCCGUGUGGAUCCUGACAACUUCAAUCUCCUGGCAGACUGCCUGACCAUUGUGGUUGCUUCUCAAAUGGGUCAGGCUUUCACCCCUGAUGUCCAGGCAGCUUUUCAGAAGUUCAUAGCUGUGGUUGUGGCCUCCCUGAGGAAGCAGUACCACUAAAGAGCUUCAGCUGAAGACCCCGAGUGCUGAUCCUCGACAGACUAAUUGUUUUGAUCUAAAAAAAUAAAACAAUAAAAAUUUAAAUGCAUUCAA